CCAUCGUCUCCCCUCACAGGCACCAAACACAAAACCAUCCUGGAGGCCCGCAACGGGCUCGGCCCCAUCAAGGCGUACCCCCGGCUGGGCCCCCGGCUGGCCCCCGAGCAAGGGGGCUCCCCCGCGGACCCCAGCGCUCAGGAGAGGACCUUCCACUGCGAGAUCUGCAAUGUGAGAGUGAACUCCGAGGGGCAGCUCAAACAGCACAUUUCCAGUCGCAGACACAGGGACGGGGUGGCAGGGAAACCCAACCCUCUACUGAACAGACACAAGAAACAGCGGACAGGAGAGCUCACUUCCACUCUGUCGUUCUCUAAAGACCUCCCGAAGUCUCUGGGGGCGGGGCUUCUUCCCAGUCCUCUGGCCAUUGCCGCGGCGAUGGCAGCCGCCGCUUCCUCCUCCUCCCCAUUGGCUCUCCGGGCAGCAGUAGCCGGCCACGCCCACCACCCCUCGCAUCAUCACCAUCACCUCCUGCAGGGCCCGCCCCUCAGCCACACCUUGCUAAGACCCGCCCCUGGACCCAUCCGCACCACCCACGGGCCAAUCAUCUUCUCUCCCUACUGACCACGCCCACCACCACAGCCAAUCAGAAGCAGCAAGCACUUCCAAAAAAAAAGCACACUGUGAAAAAAAACAUCCAAAAAACUAAUAAAGCAGGUAUAACGAACCCUCAUUUCAUAACCUCGCCUUCCCUCAAUUCCAAAGACGAUGAAAAACGAAGAGU